UGCACCAUGCCAGCAAUUGGCAUAGAUUUGGGUACGACUUAUUCUUGCGUAGGGGUCUUCCAACAUGGUAAUGUGGACAUCAUAGCCAAUGAAAUGGGUAAUAGAACCACUCCAUCCUAUGUCGCAUUCACUGACACCGAACGUCUUAUCGGAGAUGCUGCAAAGAACCAAGUGGCUAUGAAUCCAAAUAACACAAUUUUUGAUGCCAAACGCUUGAUUGGCAGGAAGUAUGAUGAUCCGAAAAUACAGCAAGAUCUGAAACACUGGCCCUUCAAGGUAGUAAACGAAGAUGGAAAGCCGAAAAUAGAAGUGGCGUUCAAAGGCAAGAAGAAGAGGUUUACUCCUGAAGAGAUUAGUAGCAUGGUACUCACCAAAAUGAAGGACAUUGCUGAAAGUUAUCUAGGUGGAUCGGUGAAGGAUGCCGUGAUAACAGUCCCGGCUUAUUUUAACGAUUCGCAAAGACAAGCGACUAAAGACGCAGGAGCUAUUGCUGGACUUAAUGUUCUUCGUAUCAUCAAUGAGCCCACAGCAGCUGCUUUGGCAUAUGGACUUGACAAAGACCUAAAGGGUGAACGGAACGUUUUAAUUUUUGACCUGGGUGGUGGUACGUUUGACGUUUCAAUUCUCACCAUCGACGAGGGGUCCCUAUUCGAAGUUAAAGCAACGGCCGGUGAUACUCAUCUUGGUGGAGAGGACUUUGAUAACAGAGUUGUUAAUUAUCUAGCAGACGAAUUCAAAAGAAAGCAUAAGAAAGACUUGAGGAAUAAUCCCAAAGCAUUGCGUAGACUGCGCACCGCUGCUGAACGAGCCAAACGUACUUUGUCUGCAAGUACAGAAGCUUCUAUCGAAAUAGACGCUUUGUAUGAAGGCAUAGACUUCUUUUCCCGUUUAUCGAGGGCUAGGUUCGAGGAACUGAAUGCCGACCUUUUCAGAGUAACUCUAGAGCCUGUUGAAAAAGCCCUCAAAGAUGCAAAGUUUGAUAAAUCAUCCAUUCAUGAUAUUGUAUUGGUUGGUGGGUCAACUCGAAUUCCCCAAAUUCAGAAUUUACUUCAAAACUUCUUUAAUGGUAAGAAGCUAAAUUUGUCUAUAAACCCUGACGAGGCUGUUGCUUAUGGUGCGGCUGUGCAGGCAGCUAUCCUUAGCGGGAACCGUCAUUCAAGGAUUCAAGACGUUCUUUUGGUGGAUGUUACUCCACUAUCGCUUGGCAUUGAGACUGCUGGUGGGGUAAUGACAAAUAUAGUAGAUCGAAACGCAAAGAUACCAUGCAAGCAUUCCCAAACGUUCACCACUUAUUCUGAUAACCAAUCAGCCGUCACCAUUCAAGUUUACGAAGGUGAAAGGGCUAUGACUAGAGAUAAUAACUUAUUGGGAACGUUUGAUUUGACUGGUAUACCGCCAGCUCCACGUGGAGUUCCUCAGAUAGACGUCACAUUUGAUCUUGACGCAAACGGAAUUCUCAAUGUUUCCGCCAAAGACAAUAGCACUGGGAAGAGUAAGAAUAUCGUCAUAAAGAAUGAUAAAGGCAGACUGUCUAAAGAUGAGAUAGAUCGCAUGUUAUCUGAUGCUGAGAAGUAUAAAGAUGAUGACGAGAGACAAAAGGAGAAGAUAGCAGCUCGUAAUAAAUUGGAAUCGUAUGCUUUUAGUGUUAAACAAGCAGUUGAUGGUUGCAAUGGGAAGCUGAGUGAAGCAGAGUGUUCUAAUUUGAGACGGAAAUGUGACGAUGUAUUGAAAUGGCUGGAGAGUAAUAGCUUGGCGGAAACAGAUGAGUUUGAGCAUAAGUAUAAGGAGUUAAAUGGGGUUUGUGCUCCGGCAAUGAGAAAACUGCACUCGUCUGGUUCUGCUGGCAAGAAAGGAAGCUCUGACGGGCCGGUUAUUGAAGAGGUGGAUUAG